UUUCAAGGGACUAAUUUAUAAUUUAGUAAACAUUGGAGAUCUUGCAUGCUAAUAUCAGGAUCUUGUCUACCGACACCGUUCCGAUUCCAAAUCGACCUAGACAUCGGCUUGCGGAGGGGAAAUCGGGCGGCGCAUGGCGUCGGUUUCAUGGGCUGCCUCCGCUCGCCUCUCUCACUGCCGCCACUCCCUUCUCCUACUCCCCUCCUCUCCUUCGUUGCCUCUCUCCAACCUCCCGAUGAAGAAGAGCCAUGGUGGGAAGAGGAAAUCCGGUCUCGUUUGCAGGGCGCAACUCCUCGGCGACCUCGCCCCCGUCACCUCCGCCGCCUACGGAACGCUCCUCCUCGGCGGCGGCAUCUUCGCUUAUGCGAGAUCCGGCAGCAAGGGGUCGAUUCUUGGAGGGAUAUCCGGAGCUUCACUCAUGACCAUUGCGUAUUAUCUUAUGCAAUCACCUGAGACUGAGGAAAUUGGCACGGCCAUCGGAUUCGCCUCUGCUUUUCUAUUUUCUUCUGUAUUUGGCAUACGAUUGGCCGCCACUCGCAAAUUCAUUCCCUCAGGUCUCCUGUUGAGUCUCUCUGUUGGUGCAUUGGCAGUGUUCCUCUCAGCUUACAUGCAAACUAAAGUAUGAACGUCGAACCGGUAGGUUUCAAAUUAUCGGUCAUGUUCGCCAACUACUUCAAAUGUUUAUUUAUGUUGAUCAAAUAGUAGUUUCUUUUUGCAUCAAUGCUCUGAAUCAUGCAUGAACUAAUUUGGUUUAGAACUUCUUUUGAAUAUGAGUUUCUUAGUUGUUUA